GCAGGCAGAGAAGCAAAGUGCCGCCUCUCUGCGCGUCCCAUCGGCUAGGAUGUAUCUCAUGAAUGCGCCUCCUGUGCUCGCCCUGCCGUCCAAAUGGGAGGCCUUUGGCCCACCCGGGAGCUGUAGGUUUCCCAGAUGCUUCUCAGAGCCGAAAGAGGGCGUCCCGAGAGCGGCGGUGAGCGCCGAGGUCCAGGCGGUCAUCAGCACGCUUCAGGGGGACGGGGCCGCCCUGGGCAUGAGUGGCGAGCAUGCCCGGCAGAGAAGCCAGAGAGCGGAGAGGGGCCGCGGCACCAGGCUGGCUACCAGCCCCGCCUUUGCCGCCUGUGGUCUUGCUGCUGGGUUUGACCCCAAGGGGGAGGACGAGGCCGCAGACCUUGGCCCCCUGGUGCUGGAUUCGGACAGUGAUGAUUCCGUGGACCGCGACAUUGAGGAAGCCAUCCAGGAGUACCUGAAGGCCAAGAGCGGGGCCGCCCGGCCUCCCGCAGCCAGUCGAUGCAAACCAGAGCCGCCUCCGAGCGGCACCCUGACCGCCCUGUGCUCCCCAGACCUUGCAGCUGGCCCCACUGGUGUCCCCGGCAGCCACAGGGGAGUCGGCCAGGACCAAGGCUCUGCCUCGCCACUCAGCGUGAGCAGCGAGGACUCCUUCGAACAGAGCAUCCGGGCGGAGAUCGAACAGUUCCUAAGUGAGAAGAGGCAGCACGAAACCCAAAAAUGCGACGUUCCUGCAGACAAAACACCAGACCCCAGUGACAGCUUGGCCCAGUCGGCGUCUAGAUCCAGCAGAGAGCUGACGGGCAAGGCGUACCAGCAGGAGCUGGCGGGCGCCUGUAAGGAGUUCACCUUCCGGAAGCCUCCCAGGUCCACAAAGGCUGGCGCGCUGCCCAGAGGCCCCAGGUGCAAGGUCACCGUUGAGGCCGCCGCGGCUGCAGGCCGCCCUGCAGAAGCAGCCGCUGGUAAAGUCGGGGUCAGGAGGGGCACCGGCUCAGGGAAGAGGGGAAGGCGAGCCAGGAGCGCGGCCCUGGCGCCUGAGGCGGCUGACUCAAGCAGCGAUGACGGCAUCGAGGAGGCCAUCCAGCUGUACCAGCUGGAGAAGAGGCAGGGGGCAGCUGGCGAGCCGCCGCAGGGGGCCCUGCCCACAGGGGAGAGGGGCCCCGGGCCCCCUGCACACGGCACGGGCCUCUGCACCAAGAGCACCUGGCUCGAAGGCCGCGGGAAGUCCCCGGGCAAGAAGAAGCCAGUGGCCACCAAGGCCGCGGACCUCAGCACGGGUGGCCGGGACCCCGACCACCCCUCCAGGCCUCCCAGCGAAACCGUGGCUCCUGCACCUCCAGAACGUACAGCUGCCGAAAGCAAGUCUGUGGACGGGUCCCCGUGCCGCGCAGACGCAUCUGCGGAGCUCAUGUGCGCUGAAGCGAUCCUGGACAUUUCCAAGACGAUCCUGCCGGGCCCCCUGGAGGGCGGCACCAGAUCCCCGCCCGCCAGCCCACUCCUGUAUCCCCACGACGUGCCUUCCUGCUCUGACGGUGACAGCAGCUCUGUGGACAGCGACGACAGCAUCGAACAGGAAAUCCGGACGUUCUUGGCUCUGAAGGCGCAGUCAGGGGGGCUGCUGCCCAGGACGGAGACGUGCCCACGGCCGGCACACAGCCCGCUGCUGCCACCCGGCCUCAGCGCCUCGGCCACCAAAACGCCGGACCUGUCGCUGAGCUGCAAGAGGAAACGCGGAGCAGGCAGCACCACCAUGCGGCCGUGCACGCCCAAGAGGACCAGAGAGACAGCCGAGGCGCAGGAGGGCGCCCGGGACGCCGACCGCAGCCAGGGGAGAGCGCAGCCCAGCCAGGGGAAAGCCAGCGAGGCCCCGGGAAGGGAGGGUGAGACCUGGGGCCAGCCUCUCCCCUGCAGGACGGGCGUGCUGGGUGAUGAGCACGGGGCCCCGGUCGCGCAGGGUACUGUGUCGCCAGGCUCCGGGAAGGCAACUGAGGCGAGGCGCGUGGAUGAGAAGGAGAGCUCCGAGGACAAGAGCAGCUCGCUGGAUAGUGACGAGGACCUGGACACGGCCAUCAAGGACCUGCUGCGGUCCAAGCGGAGGCUCCGGAAGAGGUGCAAAGACCCCAGAGCCGGCUGCAAGAAGAGGGUCAGGUUCAGCACCACGGAGACGCAGUUCCUGGACAAAGUAGGGGGCUUCCCGAAAGACUGGAAAGACCGAAGCCCACAUCUGCUGAAAAGCUGCCUCUCAAAGUCCAGAAAAGAGAGCCCGGGGAGACCCUCGCACGUCCUCUGCCGAGAAGCGGUGAGAGCAAAGCCAGACGGCGUGGCAGCCGAGGACGCGCCCCCGGCUCCCCGGUCCAGGGGCCAAGCCGCAGGAAGGAGCCUGUUCUCUGGUGAAUCGGAAGCCCGUGAACUUCGUGGUCCAGCCCCAAGCCCCAGUUCCCUGUCUGAUGACAGCAGUUCUGUAGACAGCGAUGACAGCAUUGAACUGGAGAUUAGGAAGUUUUUGGCCGAAAAGGCCAAGGAGUCCAUGAGCGGAUCAGAAAUUCAAGGAGGGGGCCCCACCGCUCUCGGGACGGGGAAUGGGGGCAAGCCAGAGCUGCCGUGCCGGAAAGUGCCACCUCCCGGCCCGGCCCUUCAGCCUGGCGUGUGCACUCGGAGCCAGAGGUGCAGGGGGCCCUUGCAGCCGGCCGAGGGACCAAGGGGCCCAGGCAGAGCCUUCACUCCGGCCGGGAGGAACAGCCCCCGCACCGAGCAGGCCUGCAGCCCUGCAGCCCUGGCCAGAUGCGAACUGGUGCCGCCCAGGAGCGCCAGCGGGACCGCAUCUGCCAAAGGGUCACCAGCCAGUAGGAGAACCGCCUAUGCGCCCAAAGAUAAGAGCCCGAGGGGGGCCGAGGCUGCCGCAGGGGAAAGCACAUUGGCUCAGCUCCCGAGCUGCAUGGAGGCAGGCGCUCGGGCAGAGAGCCGGAGCUCACUGGCACGGACCCCAGGCGCCGAGCGAGAGGGGAGGCCCCGGGCCGGCCUCGCCCUGCCCUGGACUGACUUCUCCCCCGAGAGCCGGUUGCAGAGCACCUGGGCACUGAGCACGAAAGGCAGGGACGCGGCGGCGUGGAAAGGGGGCCUCAGGGGCCAGAGAGAGAAGCGGCUGGAGGACCAGGCCCGGGGCUCGCCCAGCCUCGCCACGGACCCCAAGAGAGGCCUGCCCUUUGCCGGCUUCUCGCCACUGCUCUCCACACAGCUGUUUCACUUCGGGAAGAGUGUCUCCUGGGGGGGGAAGCAGGCCAGCCUCUUCAGUGCCCCCCUGAGCCUGCCUCUACAGGGCGCAUCCUUCUCGGCCUUCCGAGAGACCCAGGCUGGCCACGGCCCAGUGUUCGGAAGCUCACACUUGCUGGUGAAGCAGGAGGGUGGCCGCUGGCCGCCCAGGAAGUCCCAGGCAGGGCUCAGUCUGCCCGACAGGAGGAACUCGGGGCCGGAGGAGGACAUCGUAGACCUGCGGUACAGGCAGAGGGGGCUGGACAGAGACGAUGAAGACCAAGAGGCCCUGGGCAGCGACGCCAGCGAGUUCAGCGAUGCGUCUGUGGAGGAGGGCGGCAGCCUCUUGGCCAAGGGCCCCGUCCUCCAGCUGUGA